AUUUUAACAUCAUAAGAUGUCUCAUCUCGUUAUAGCCAUUGUUUUCAGUUUAGUCUCUUGUGCCGUAGCUAGACCAGCAAUUGUCCGAGUAGCACCUUUGGCUCAAAAUUUAGCUCUGCCAGCUCAAGAACCCCCAAAACCCUACGAAUAUGGAUAUGAGUUUGGAGAUGGUCUGGGCAUGACACAGCAUCGUCGUGAAGUUGCUGAUGGUACUGGAGUAGUCAAGGGUAAUUACGGAUACCUGGAUCCCAUUGGAGUCUACAGGAGAGUUGAGUAUACUGCUGGAGCCGAUGGGUACAAAGCAGUCAUCCACAGCAAUGAACCAGGACUCUCAAGCCACACUGUUGGAGAUGCUGUCUAUAUAGUGGAACUUCCACCUCCCGCUGCUGUUGCCCAAGGUCUUAGGCCUGCUGCUGUAGCUGUAGCAUCGGCUUAAAUGUACAAGUAAAAUUAUAAUACUUGUAAACUAAUAAAAUGAUUGGAGCAUUAA